AUGAAUUGGUUGGUUUCAUCUCUGCUGUUUUCCACAGCGUUACUUACCGAAGGCUCGCUAGCGGAUAGAGCCUAUUUGACAAAAGCAGCAUGUCAACGAAAUCCAAACUUGUCGAUAUGCAAGAAGGAGGAAGAGGAGAUUUCUCUCAUUGAACCGCCUCCCAUGCCAGUCACUGAGAGACAACACGAGGAUGUUAGGUCGUCGAAAGUCCAACGAGAACGUGACGACUUAGCGGAACUGAACGAGAGGGUCUCAGAGGAAUAUCGGAGAGAAAAACAGGGUUUUUCGCUCUCGGGUGGUGAAGAGAGUUUGCGAGCGAAAUGCAUAAGAAUGGCACCUGUUGCUCAGAAGCACUGCGAAAAAUCAACGCUAACAAAAGCGAAUAUUGGCCGAUGCACAGCUUAUUUCAAAGACUGCUACAUAUUCUUAGGCCGAGCGGAUCCACUAUACUCGAUCGCAAAUGCUUUCAGUUCUGCAGUGAAUCUUAACUUCGCUACCGUCGACGUAAAUGGCAUUCCGUAUUAUCCCAUCAAUGAAGAAGGUUCUGUAGGAGUGGGAGUCCAGUCGAAAAUUCCGUUUGGGUCGUGGGGUGGAGGAUACUCCGAUCAUGUUGGAGUUCGUGACUAUUGGUCUCAGCACCAAGAAGUUGGUGCGAACUGGUACGAAGGGAAAUAUGGAUACAAGAAUGGAUGGUCCGUACCGCUAGUACAGUCACUUGGAGUGGAAGGAGGUCAGCACAAUACCGUGUCAGUACCAUUGGAUCAGAAAAAUUUGGGCAAAGUUAUGGUGGAUAACGGAUACGGAGUUGGUGGUUAUUACGGUCAUAACGAUCAUGUUGGUGUUGAUUGGAGAAAAGGAGAUGUGUCGCACAAUUUUGGAGUUAGCUCUCCAUUCGUGGGAGCUGGAUUCAAUACGGGACAAGCGCGGAAUGAGUACAACAAUAAUUUCCUGACUCCUGCUGAUGACGAUAAUAGGCAUCUAAACGGAAACGGAAAUGUGUCUUACACUGGUCGUUUCGGAGGUGUUCGCAGAUCACGGACUAAGCUAAAAUUUCGACCCAAUGUCACUCCUUUCCGGGAGUUGUCGGAUUGCAAGAAUUUCAUCCUUGAACGUUCCCAAAGUGCUUUGGACGGUGGUUAUGAUGACAAGCGCUCAUUUCUCAACCAGCUCGAUUGCUUAAUUCGAGAAACACUGCCGGACUCCUUGAACGAUCCCUCAUUUUUCGAGGAGUUAUGUUUACUCCUUCUGGAAAUGUUACGGGAUGACCGUCAGGCCGUUCGAGCAAUGUGCUUCCACCUACUGCGAUUGUCUCUUUUUACGGAAAGAAACUUGGUGUUUCUACUGACAAACCACGUGGACAUAUAUGCAGUGCGUGCGUUGGAUCUGCGAGUGGAGAACGGCAUGGAAAGAGCUGAGGCAUUGCAACUUAUAUAUCACAUUAUGACUGUUUAUCAAAACUCCCAUUUAAAGAGACUUAUUCAGUUUUCUGCUGCUCAACAGGAUGGCAAGAAGUACGCAUUUCCCAAGUCGAUCAUGCAGCCAAUUAUUGCUGUGGCCUUGAGCACAAUAUGCUCCGCAAAAAUUAGAGAUCCUUCAGGUCCGCAGGAGAGAGUUGCUGUGGAUCUUACAAAAGAUAGUCUCGAUCUCGGUUGUCUGGAGGUUUUCCUGGAGUUUUGUGUACUCGAACCUGAAUUAAUUCUUGAUAUGGCCGGAACAGACUGGAUUGUGCGUAUUCUUACUGGGUCGAACUCCAUCAGCCCUCGUGUUGCUACAGUUGUAUCGCGUAUCUUGGUUGCUUGGCUUGACCAACCCAAACUGCGUUUGAAAGGGCAGCUCCACCUCGUCUUGGAGCAAAUUUUCGCUCCUCUGAUUGAAUUUGGAUUCUUCCAGAAAAAUCUCUCCGCAACAGAACACGGUGAACGGAUUGUAGAAUGUGCAAUGAUCAGUUUUGGUCACUCCUUUUUAUGUAUUCUUCGAUCAUGGUCUGGACUACUUUCAUGUGCUGCUAUUGGUCCCACUUCAUCUGCCAUAGCUUCCGCACCUUUGAGGCUACUCGAGUAUCUUGGGCUAGGCACAGUCGAUGAUUCUAACUUGUUGCGUAUUCGAAACAUGGUUGUUGAUAUUUGCUGUGAAUUCUUGGAUCUUCCCUACGCAUCGAAGAACUUUGAGAAUUGGGAUAGUGCUCUGGAAUACUAUUCUUCCUUGGUUGUUCCGGAUGAGUUCAGUGACUCGCUCAAAGACGACUUCGUUCUUGCUCAGAGUGACAUGUGCAUCGCCAAUAAUGAGGAGUGUUCUCAACACGUUGAUCUCUUGGCUUCUUUCCGAUCACUGGCGGCGUUAAUUCUGAUCAACGCAGGACUUCUCCAGUCUCUUGCCCGUUUGAUAACAUCGCAGCCAGAUUCUCCUAGCGGAAUCAAGGCUACACUUUUCGUAGCUGAUAUGAUAAGAAUGACUCCAACUGUGAUGCCAUCUUCGUGGCGAACAACUAUCCUGUCCAUGCCAACGCUUUUUCAAUCAGCUUGCGAGUCGAUAGCUCAAAGCAAGGCUGCUGCGGCAACGCACGGCUACUACGAUUCGAAUCAGGCUGAUCGUUUCACAUUUCUUUAUUCUGGGAACGCUGCCAUGGUUCUACACCGCUUCGAUAUGCUUUACAAAGCCUCUAUAUCUAAUGCCGUUGCAGAACCCCCGAUUGAUUCCAACUAUUCCCUUUUUCUUUGUCCACCGGAGCCACUAACGUCUCCUUUCAAAAGUUCUCUUGAUACUUCAUUACCUUCCAUUUUGAAUGAAGUUUCGAGUGGUGAUGGUAGCGAAAUUAAUUGGGGAGCGGCAGCAUUGUUAUUUUCUCGGCUGCCUGCAGAGGUCAAGGAGAUUGAGAAGCCUUUCUGCCUUGAUGAUGUUCUUGAUCUUUUCGAAAAGAUUUUGACUGUGAUGUCACCUCGAAGUUCCGCUCAUACAUUUUGGAACGCUGACAAAUUUCCACUUGUUGUUGCUCGUAUCGCAAUUACAAUAGGUUUGGAACUUGGGAGUACAGAAGACAAGUUUCUGCAAGCUCUAACAAGAUAUGCGACAGAUGUCUGUGACGCGCUGAAUGAGAUCUCAUCUGGGUCGGAUGUAUUUUCUACUAGAAAUUUGGUUGAUGGAGGAUCUAUGUAUUACUUUUCUCUCAUUGGUGUUAUGAGCUCUCAUGCAAAUGGAGUUGUCCCACUCGAGAAAUCCGGCAUUCUCCAACAGUAA